UAUAUAUAAGACCUUAAUCUUACUAGGGCUUUUGGUUGCUCCCAUUUUUCUCAGAGCCGCUUCAGAGAGAAAGAGAGAGAGACAGCGAGAAGAUGAAGACCAUUCUCUCCUCAGAGACCAUGGAUAUCCCCGACGGUGUGAACAUCAAGGUCCACGCCAAGAUCGUUGAGGUGGAAGGCCCCCGUGGCAAGCUCACCCGGAACUUCAAGCACCUGCAGCUUGAUUUUCAGCUCAUAACUGACGAGGAAACCGGCAAGCGCAAGCUCAAGGUCGAGGCCUGGUUCGGAUCUAGGAAGACAUCGGCUGCGAUCCGCACUGCUCUCAGCCACGUCGAGAACCUUAUCACCGGUGUCACCAAGGGCUACCGCUACAAGAUGAGGUUCGUGUACGCCCACUUUCCCAUCAACGCCAGCAUCACAAACGGGAACAAGGCCAUCGAGAUCCGUAACUUUCUUGGUGAAAAGAAGGUAAGAAAGGUGGACAUGCUUGAUGGGGUUUCCAUUCUCCGUUCUGAAAAGGUGAAGGAUGAGCUAGUAUUAGAUGGGAAUGACGUUGAACUCGUUUCUAGGUCUGCUGCCUUGAUAAACCAGAAAUGCCAUGUGAAAAACAAAGAUAUCCGGAAGUUCCUUGAUGGUAUCUAUGUGAGUGAGAGAGGAACCAUCCUUGGUAAUGAGGAGUGAUGGUGAAACAGGAAUAUUUAUCUUAGAUUUUGCGUUACUUCCCUUAUGGCAUUUUCUUGUUAUGAACAACUUUAUGAACAAUUUCAUGGGCAUGUUUGGAAUUGGAUCUACAAUUUUGUAUUGUGGUUUU